CUACCUCUUCUGCUCUCUCUUUACACACACCAUUAUUGUCAUAUGCGUAUUCUCUCUUUAUAGCAUUUUGCUUCUUCUUUAAGAUUCCCCUUCUUCCUGGUUGAUUAAUCACACCAUAUCUAAUUUCUGGGGGAGAAUUAACUGCUAAAAUCUUAAUGAUCAACAAAUUUCUGUUCCUCAUCUCUGUUUUUCAUGUCUGCAAUUCUUAGUGAACUGUUCCUUUCCGGUUGUAUGAUAAAUUCCACAUACAGGCGGAGGACCCAUUUGGUGCAGUCUUUCUCAGUCGUCUUCCUCUACUGGUUUUACUACAUUUCAUGAUUUUCUGCCCCCUUUGAUCAUAUACCUAUAUAUUGAUACCAAGAAGAUAUUUUUAUUUACUGCAUCAAUAAACAGGACCAAAAUAAUAAUACCCUUUAUUUAUCUUUGAAGUUCUAGUCAAUUAAUUUUCGGAAAGAAGUUUAAUUUUUUCAUCCCCUGGGAAGCUCUUGGUGUACGUUAAUGGCGGCCACAUACAGUGCCACGUCAUCGCCCGGAUCGAGUGGGGUCCAGAACAACUCUGGGUCUGAUCAGGAAGAUCUGCAGCUGGUGAUGGAUGAGAGGAAGAGGAAGAGGAUGAUUUCGAACAGAGAAUCGGCGAGGAGAUCUCGGAUGAGGAAGCAGAAGCAUCUGGAUGAUCUGAUGGCUCAGGUUGCUCAGCUGCGGAAAGAGAACGGCCAGAUCUUGUCCUACAUGAACAUCUCCACCCAACAUUACCUGAACGCCGAAGCAGAGAAUUCCAUCCUCCGAGCUCAGGUAGCCGAGCUGACCCACCGGCUCGAGUCGCUCAAUGACAUCGCAGGCUUCUUGAACCUUCCCCACGCCUUAAGCGGCGGCGGCGGCUUCGGAUUUGACGAGGAACAGCCGCCGCCGCCGAAUUACGCUUUCAGCAACGGCGUUGUUGGGCUGGGCCAGAGUGAAUCUCUGGGCGGAGAUGGGCUUUUUAUGAUGAACAACAGUUCGUGGAAUUUCAUGGUGGCCAAUCAGCCCAUCAUGGCGGCUCCUUCUGCAGACAUAUUGCAGUACUGAUGAUUAUCCAAGAUAAGACAAUGAUUAAGGAUGUAUUGUUUAAUGGUAAUUAAUUAAUGAUUGUUAAGGAAUAAUAAAAAUAAUGGUUGUCAUUUUGGUCUGAAUUCGUGUACCUGGUACUAUUCAACUAUGUAAUUGAAAAUUAUGCUAUAUUUAGUGUACGAUGCACAUGAGUCCUCUAUAUUUUAUAAUUAAUCAUUUAUGAAGUACAGUGCAACAAUAUAUUUUAGAUAAAAAAGGCAAAUAAGAGUUGUCAAGUGUUAAAUUAAGUAAUUACUAAUUU